AUGCCUUUUAAACUUUCCCCUUCACUUUGGAUAUUUUUAUUUAUUCACUUAUUUAUUCAAAAUGUUAAAUUAUCACCUAUAGAUCCAAGAAGAAGAAUUAUCAGACAAAAUAAAAUUAAUUUAAAUAAUGAAAGAAGAUUAAAUUUAAACAGGAUAGAGGAUUUAAAUGAAUUGGAACAUGAUAAUAUUUCUCCACCACAUUGUACGAGGGCAACUGUAACUUUUACACAAGGAUCUAAAUUAACAAAAAGGCAAGCAAAUUCCUCAUCAUCUUCAAUACGUUCACCUACAUAUUCCACACAACUUUCCUUAAAUGUUGGUAUUGGUCAAAGUGUUUGUUUUACUGUUGGUAUUCCUCAACCUGUUAGUGCUGACUUGCAAAUGAAGGAAAAUAAAAAAGAAGACAUCAAAAAGGAUGAGGAAGAGGAGGAAAAUGAAGAAGAACAACAAGUUAUUACUCAACAAAAAUCAAAUUAUUCUUUUAUUGUUUCCUUGGCUACAAGGAGAAGGGGAAAUAUUAAAAAUUCAAAUGAAAAGUUAACAACACCCAAAAUUGAACUUGAAGAAUCAAAUGAACUCGAAGAAAAUAUUUUGCAUUCUAUAACUGUUCUGGGGCUUGAACAGUAUCAUGCAAUUACAGAAAGAUAUCGUUUUGCUAUUCCCGAAAUGGAAACUCGGUGUAUUUGUGAGUGUGAGUCUGGAAGUGCAAAUUGUGCAGCUGCUCAUUACAAAUAUGGGCAAUGUUCGGAUGAAGAGAUAGAAAAAGACAAAGGAGGAGAAAGCGGGGGAGAUUAUGAGCAAAUAGAUAAUUGGGCUUACAAAAGAGAAGGAAAUAAUAAAGAAAAAUCACAAUCAGUCUGUCAUCGAACAUUUUUUGCCAAUCAGCCAACAGGAGAGCAUUGUUCUCGUCAUGAACAAUAUUCUUCUAAUGCAAGGCUGUGUUGCCAGUUGAGAUUUAGAGCUUUUCGUGACAAAAAAUUUGUUGCUCUAAAAUUAGAAAAUGCUGUUAGUUCUGUCCUGCUACAAUAUUCACAAUGGAGUUGGAAGGAAAAUAAUGAGAAAAAAUUAAAAGGUCGUUGGGAGGAAUUGGAAAAAAGAAAAAUUAGAAUUCAAUUGGAUGGAGCCAUUCACAAUACAAUUUUGAGUGAAAUUUCUGGUUUAAAAUUGUCGGUUUUGGGUCUAGCUGGAGCUAAAUCGGCAGGUGUACAACUUGAUGCUGGCGUUUAUUUUGCAGAAAUUGGAUCUGAUGGAACAAUUGGAGAGUUAAUUGGGCAAAUGCCAGUAAAUAGAAUAACAGAACAUGAUUUUCAUAAAUUGGGAUGGCUUCGAUUAGAUGAAAGAAAUAAACCGUUUGUACAAGCUGGCGAAGUUUUCAUAGAUAAAAUUCAUCACGCUCGUGCUGAAGAUUGUGCCACACAAAAAUAUCGUUCUGUACUUGAUGCUAGCUAUUAUAUUAAUGCUGACAAUAAUGCAACUACACAAUUCAAAAUCCCCGAAACUUUAAAUAAAGUUAAUAAAUGGAUUCGUUCUGCUCGAAUAUUAGAUUCAAAUCAGAGAAUAGCUUUAGUUCGUGUCAGUGAAGGAUUAUCUUUAGAAUUAACACUUUCAGCACAAAAAGAAUUUUUGGAAGAAUCGGAAAAUAAAAAACAAAGGCUAAUAACUUUUGUUCAUAAUUCUUCAAAAUUGGGAGAUUUUACUGCUUUAUUAAUUGUUGACAAAUUUUCUAAUUCAUUGCUUAAUUUAACAUUAUUUAAUGCUAGUGGUGUUUUAAACGGAUAUGUUAGACCUUUAAAUGAUUUAUAUGGAAAUACGGAAAUUGAUGGAUUUAGUGUAAAUGUACCUAAUAUUGAAGAAAAUGUUAAAAAUAAAAAUAAUAAAAUAUGGAUGCCAAUAUCUGUUCAAACAAGAAUUAAACCAUAUCCUUUGGGAAGUAUUCAUCUAGUUUGUUUAAGACCAGACGAUGGCGAAUUAUCAAGAGAAUUGUGUCGACCAGUUCAAUCAGUUUAUUAUGAAUUAGAACAAAACACAAUGCAAAAUGAGUGGAAUGAGGCUAUUGGGGCAUGUAAAGAAUGCAAUAAAAUAUCAGCUGAAGGAUUUGCAAGAUAUUUAAAUCCUGCAAAUUGGGUUAAAGGAAUUGGAUCUGUUAGUGAAGCUCUAAUGCUUGCUUCUGAUAUUCUUGGUUAUUUAAUUGUUAUUUCGAUUUUUUAUGUCCUACUCAGCAAAGUUAUAAUUCCUAUAUUUGGUUGUUGUUUCACUUGCACACCUACUUAUAGAUGUUUUGGCAGGAAAAAAUAG